AUGAAACGUGCCGCGAAACCCAUCGCGACCGUCUCUCUUUCGGUUUACCUGAAGAAGGAAAGUGUGUUUGCUCUGAAAAAUCUUCAGAAAGCUGAGAAGGAGACUAUUGAUAGAAUGAACUCGUUUCAGGCCAAGGUAUUUGAGCGAUACAAUGUAUAAGAACCACCAGAACAAUGUUUUCAGUGUGUUUUUCACAAAAUCGCUCUCACAAACUUUGAGGAAGUGAUGAAAAACUAUGAGAAAGUGAUUCGCGAGGCUCAAGUUGCCAAGACCCAAAAAGAACUUCUUCAUAUGAAGGUAGAACACAAAAUAUUUCCGAAUACUCUUUUUGAGUUUGCCCAAUUUAACAUUUUCAGAAAGUCACAGCCUGCUUAGAGAUCACGGCAGACAACAUCACGAAGAUGCUGCGAGGUUUCGACUAUCGCUUCAGACGUCUCAUCAGCGAGGCCAAGAAAGCCAAGUCUGGCACCAAAAAAUAG